AUGUCUACCUCUCAAAAAAAUGAACGAUUUCUUAUUGAUGAGAUUGAGGAAGAGGAUCUUCACAAUUGUGAACAAUCAUCUGAUGGUGGAAAUGCAUCUAACAGCGAUGCUGAACCUGAAGAACAAAAUUCUGAUUCGGAUGAAGAAGAUACACCAGAAUCUGCAGAAAGUGUAGCGGUAUCUGGACGUAAUUGGCAACGUAUUGCACCAAUGAACAGUACAACAUUGCAAAAUCUUCCACGCAAAUGUUCACUUACCGAACAAAGUGAACAUAUAGAAACAGAAGAUGAGUGCUUCCAUUUAUUUAUCAAUGAAGAAAUGAUCGACGAUCUCAUAUUAUGGGCAAAUAAAAAAGCGAGUGAGAGCAUGCCAUCGAACAAGAAAUGGAAACCAGUAGACCGCAUAGAAAUGGAUGCAUUUUUCGGACUAUUAUUACUAAUUGGGAGAUUCAGAGAAUCACGAGAAUGCCAAAGCGAUUUGUGGAAAGAUAAUGAUGCACUUUCAACAAGGUUUUAUGCUGCUGUAAUGUCUAGAGAUAGAUUUACGGAUAUACUAAGGUAUAUUCGCUUCGACGAUACCGCUACAUGUGAAGCAAGGAAGACGGACGACAAAUUGGCCCCAAUUAGGCACGUUACGGACACCUUUAUCAAAAAUUGCAAAAGUUGUUACAACGCAUCAGACAUUGGUUGUGUGGAUGAGUGUACAUGCCAAGUAAGCCUGGAAAAUAUGGGAUCAAAAUAUGGACGCUAUGCGAUUCUAAAACCUUCUACUGCUGUAACAUGGAGGACUAGACGUUCUAGCUUCAGUAGUCAAGACUCAGACGAAGUACUUUUAUUCGAGAAAAUGUCAAAAGACAAAGCAUCCACGAGUAAGGAUGAAGUUAGCAUUAGACAGAUGUUAGAUGCUAUGAAUAAACAAAAUGAAUCGCACGCGCGAAUGUUUGCCGAAUUACAACAUCAAAUGCAGAAUCAAAUUGAAACGUUAACGCAACAAGCUAAUGACGAAAAUCAGAAGAGAACUGGAGAAGUAGAAAUGUUAGGACGAACAGUAGCCGAAUUACGACUAGGAGUAGGAAGCCGCGCAACAUUAAUAACCGAAGACUUCGAAUCAAUUAAUACCGCAAGAAAUAUAAACCGACAGUCGAGAGAUAACAUACCGACCGCACCCAUAGAAUUACCCGAAACAGACAGUGACGAAGAAUUUCAAGUUCAAGAUAACGCACGUCAACAUAUGCUAUCAGCCAAAGACGCGAUCAGAUAUAUACCCGUUCUGAAUGGUGUCGACGAUAUAGGAGUAGAAGAUUUUAUUAAAGAAAUCCGCGCAAUGAGAAAUCAAUGUUUGCAAACCGCAUUAUUACUAAAAGCAAUCAAAGUCGAUAAAAUAGUAGGAAAAGCAGCUCGAAGCAUCCGAAACAUACCUAUUGAAAGUAACGCAGAAUUAUUUGACGCAAUAAGAGCAAACGUAGCAGUAAAACUAACCACAGAAUAAUACAGUAAACAACUGCGAGAAAUAAAGCAAGGUCGCGAAGAAACAUUUAACAUUCGUUUCCGACACACAUUAAAGAAACUCACUUACUCAAUUACAAACGGGAACCCACAACCACUUAUGCGAAGAAUCAUGAUCGAAGCCACGAUGAAAAAAGUCAGCCGAAUUUGCUUGAAAGGACUGCGACACGACAUCGGACGAAUCCUACUAGCAAACGAACAACCCACCUCACCGAGUGAAAGCGGGAAAAAAGCAGCCGAUGUAGAACGCUACCUAAGAGAGGAACAAAGAGAAUGGAGAAGAGGUCCCACUGGACCAACAAAUCGAUACACCGACCGACGCGCGCACAAAUCCCUAGCAGACCAACACCACCUCCCAGGACGAACACCUUUAGAAGAACGCUCGCAAACCAAAUGCUUUAAAUUUGUAAAAAUUGGACACAUAGCACCUCAAUGCCGAAAUUUUCAAAUCCCCAACCAACGAAACCUACCUCCACCAAGAGUAAACCACAUCCAAGGAAAGGACAAGAACCUGAAACUGGAAUACGAAACGAUGACACAAGAAGAACAAGAGGAUUGCUACGAGUCAACGCCACAACAGGAAGAUUAA